AUGAGGAAAACUAAUAAAGCAGCUUUAAGAAAUCAGCUUCAAAAACUAAUAUACCAGAUUGUCAAUAAAGUUCCAGAACUAGACCCUAUUUUUGAAAAACAGGCUCAAGAUCUCAGAUUACCUAAAACGUUUAGCCAGUGGCCGCCAAAUAUAACUUUGCCUAUGAUGCUGAUGAGGGAAAAUUUACAGCAAUCGAUAUUUCAAAGUAUCAGUGCGGUGCAAGCGCCACAAAGUCCAUAUUUUGAUUUAUCCAAAUUGCCAAAACCUAAAGCAUUUAAAAUUCCUGUCGAUAGCAACGGCAGUCACGUCUGCCCCGAUUGCGGACGCAUCUACAAACUAAAAAGCUCCCUGAGGAACCACCAGAAGUGGGAGUGCGGCAAGGAGCCCCAAUUCAAGUGUCCCUUCUGUAGCUACAGGGCCAAGCAAAAGAUGCACAUGCUCAGACACACCGAGCGCAUGCACAAGGGCAUGGACUUUUCCGCUAUCAAAAAGGAAAUGGGCGCUGACGAUGAGGGACACGUUGGUCUCGAAACGUCCGAUAACGACGAGGCGAAGGAUUUAUCGUUAAAGGGAGCAGCUAGUGGCGGAGGGGAGGGAAAAUUUGGCACAGAAGAGGGUGGUUCGGGGUUCGAAACACAUAGCGGUGCUUCGAAGUGAUCUUAGAUUAAAUUCAGAAAAGAUACAGUUAAAACAACAGCAAGAUGAGUACUACACUACCCAAUUGGUUUUGUUACUGCUUUUUUUAUCGGAAAAAACUGUGUUUAUUAUGCAUCUGCUGUAUCUUUAGGUAUAUUUAAUAUUAAUGCCGAGGACAGACUUCAUGAACGUUACUAUUCACUUGCAUUCGUUAGCAUUCGCGAGGAAAUGUUUUUCAGGUGCUGACGUGCAUUUGCAGCGAACACGUCCACACUGUAACGUCUCCAGUCAUUCGAGGAUCGCAUUUUUCUUUGAUCUAUUCACUUUUAUCGCAAGAAGAGGAAAAGCAUUCAUUCACACCCUUUUCUAGAGGAGAUAGACCAAUAA